AUGGGAUCUACCUGUUGCAAAGAUGGUGCGUAUGAAGAAUAUGAGGGACCACCAAUCCCUCCGAAGGCAAUCCCUCCGAAGGCAACAAACCCAACGAUUCAUUCUAGCAAUUAUGUUAGCAAUCACAAAUUAAUAAACCUAACGCCAAGAAAUAGAGAAACAUGCGUGAUACAUUCAACAAAUGGUUUCAAUACUCCACAACUAGCAUUGGCUGAGAGAAAGAAAACUCAAUUGGUCGUUGGAAUAGAUUUUGGAACGACAGAAAGCGGAUUUGCAUUUUGUCCUCGGCCUCUAAAUAAUGGGCAAAUAAAUAUUGAUAAUAUUGAGACUAAUACUGAAUGGCCUGGAUGGUGGGGAAAAUUCAAGACUAAUACUGCAUUAGAGUAUGACA